AUGGGCGGCAUCCUUGCCAGCUGUCCCCUGUGCAAGCAGCGCGAUUCCUUUAACAUGUGGCGACUUACUCCCAAUAUCUCCCUCUGCCAGCUCUACGCAGCAAUCGAAUCAUUUUUGUCCAAAGGACUGCAGUGCACAACCGACUUGAAUUCCAAACAACCAAGCAACGAACGACGCAAGAUCAAGACCACCAAAAGCCCAUCCGAUGCGAAUCAAUUCUUGAAAAAGGCAGAGCAAGAACUUCAACCAAUCGAAUACAAGACCCUUGUCGCACUUCUUGUUGGCUUCAAACGUAAGGAGGCCCCGCGAUCCUAUUUGAUGGAAAAAGUCCCAAAGCUUCUCCACCAACACCCGGAUCUUCUGCUAGCGUUCAAUGAGUUCCUUCCCGCCGAGGAUCCGAGCUGGUUUGGAGCGCGGUAA